CGAUGAAUAAAAGAAAACAUCGAAUGGUGGGGAAAUUUAACGGUGUUAAGGAGGUCUCGAAGAGGACAGAAAGAGAUAGAUAGAGAGAGUGAGAGAGAGGAAAGGAGGGAAAGAAAGAGGGUGCUAGAGAGAGAGAGAAGGAAAGAAAGACAGAGAGAGAGGGCAGAAUGAGAAAGAGAGAGACAGAAAGAGAAAGAAGGAGAGAGAGAAGACAGAAUGAGAAAAAGAGAUGAGAUGAGAAAGAGGGAUGUAUAGAAAGAUAGCAGAAACACUGAAGAGAUGAGGUAAGGGGAAGGAAAUGAGAGCUCUUGCUUGGAGGCGGAGUUCUCCAUACGUCACGAAGAAAUCCCCUCGAAGUCUCCACCAUCAGAGAUGUUUUAACCUUUGCUUAGAAACAGUCUUACGUUCUCGGCCGAUCGACAACCGGUUUCCGUGUCUCGUAUCCAUCGAUUUUUAAUUUAUCGAUCAGUUUCUUUACGUAACACCUUGUUCUAUUUCUCUCUUUCUCUUUCUCUUUCUCUCUCGUUCUAUUUCUUAUUCUUUUUCUUUCUUAUCCACAUUCGACGCGCGUUCGUUUGUGUAUAUUUGUGCACUUAUAAUUUGCGCGUGUGCGUACGUUCGUGUGUGUGUUUUUGUGCACACGCGCUCGCGAUUUUUUUCUCUCCUUCUUAGGCACUUAUUUAUACAUAUUUGUAUGUUCCAAGGAACUAUGAACGAAGUACGGAAAUAUAUGGAGUAUAGAUAAAAUAAAGAAAUCGUUGUAAUAAGGUAUUAUACAUGGUGUGUUAAUCCAAAGCAAUUGAUCGUAAUUGGCAUUCUUCGGGUGGAUCGUUUAUAAAAAACAAACAGAAAAAAAAAGGAAAUAGAAGAAAGAAAGAAAAAGGAACAAUUCGUCAAUAGUGAAAAGUGUCUGAUCUAUAAGUAUCUACGUCGAUUCGAUGUUACUUUGAAAUCGAACGAAAUCCGAGAUAGAUAAUUAACUAUCUUUCAAGUGAUAUCUCGACGAAGAAGAGGAUAUACACGUUUAAUAAGAAAAUCAACGAUAGAACACGGAGAUACAGCAGCACGGGUAUGAAAAUAGUUCUAGAUAAAAUAGGAAACGAUGCAAGUUGGACAAUUAUUAAUUACGCAGGCUACGUGCAUUCCAAAUUAUUAUCUAUUGGAUGAUAACGAUAGUUCCGGUAUUCCUCAUAGCGACGGAAGUUCUGCAAGCAAUUCGCCGCAUCAUUACGAACGUUUUUCAACGCCAACACACUUGAUGGAUCUCAGUAAUCCGCCGGAGCACCGUGACGUGCAACCUUAUCAUCAUCAUCAUCAUCAUCAUCAUCAUCAUCCUCCUCCUCCUCAUCUUCAUCAUCUUCAUCUUCACCAUAAUAAUAAUAAUAAUAAUAAUAAUAAUAAUAAUAAUAAUAAUAAUAAUAAUAAUAAUAAUAACAAUAACAAUAAUAACAACAACAACAACAACAACAAUCAGACUGCUUAUCAAACGCAGUCACCACCUUUUAUGAUAUACGAAAAUCCAGAUGAAGGUAAGAGGUAUCAUCCUCAAGAUCAUCAAGACGGAAAAAUCAUAAGAGAUUUACAAAUGAUUUAUGACAGAAGAUUGCACGGUAACUCGCCGGUAUUUUUAUCGGAUCACGGUAAAGAAAACGAACAAAAUCUUUAUCUACCGGCGUCACCGAAUCAAAUGUAUUCUUCUGGUGGUGAAGAACUUACAACAAUUUCUGUUUCCAAAUCAUCGCAACUUCAAAAUGCUGAACCAUAUCGAUUGAUGGAUGUAAUCGAAUAUAAAUCUGAUACAUUGCAUGAAUAUAAAAAGGAGGAUAUCGAUCAACAGCAACAGCAGCAACAACAACAACAGCAGCAACGUCAUCAUCAACAACAACAAACAUCACAGCAAUUAGAGGAACAACAAAAUUAUAAUAAACAGAUCGAUCAAAAUCCAGCAUCGUCGACCAAAAAUUGUAUUGUAGAAAACAAUCGAGUAAAAAAAAAAAGAAAGCCGAACCUCGAAGAUUCCGAAAAUGAAAACGCCACUUCUUCCUCGACGAAAAUGAAGGUUCGUAGGAAGAGUGGUGCCACUUACGAAGAAAUCCAAAAUCAAAGAGUAAUGGCGAAUGUUAGAGAACGGCAAAGAACUCAGAGUUUAAACGAAGCAUUUUCCGCCCUUAGAAAGAUCAUUCCGACAUUGCCGAGCGAUAAACUCAGUAAAAUUCAAACGUUGAAACUUGCUACGAGGUAUAUUGAUUUUUUAUAUCAAGUGCUACACUGUAAUAUGGAAAACAACGAGGAAGAAAAUGAAGAGAGAAAUCCAAGAAGCGCAGUAUUAGCUGCAAGAGAAAUAACAGCAUCGUCUUGUAGUUACAUGGCACAUGAAAAACUAUCUUAUGCGUUUAGCGUUUGGCGUAUGGAGGGUGAUUGGAACUCUAACUUAUAAAUAAAUAUCUGUCAGUCAUAGAUAAUCGAUAAUUCAAAGUAUGUAUGUGUAUGUAUAUGUAUAUGUAUACGUAUACGUAUAUGUAUACGUAUAUAUAUAUAUGUAUAUAUCCGAAUGACUAUAAUAGAAGGAUUAAAAUGUAUACGUGAAAUGCAUACGAAGGAUGCAGUAAAAGGCACGAAGAUAAUGAUGAAUCUGUUACAAUGCUCGAUGUGUAUCUAUUAUCUAAAUAUCAUACAUACAGAGUGUUUUAGAUUCUUCUUUUUUCUCCUGACUUUCAUAUAACGUGAAUAUUCCGUUAAAUAAAAAUGCCAUGUUAUAUAAAUUACAUUACAAAUUUUUUUUUAUACAGUUUCAUUUUUUGUUACUUUUUCUUUUUAAUUAUACAAAACGCGGUUGAUGUUACGAACUGAAAUAUAUUUUUAUUUAAUUCGAGUUACAUAAAAAAGAAAGAAAAAAAAAGUUAAUUCAUAUAGGUAUGACGUUCUCUUCUUAUUUCCAAAAUAUACCGGCGCAGUUUGAUAAGAAAAAAGAAAAUCUGAAACACCCAAGCAUAUAAUAAUGCAUCUAUAUACGAAAAUAUUUGUCAUUGUUUAAAUUACUACAUGAAAAUUAUUGCAUGAGGUUUGUUAUUGCAUGAAAUUUUGACGAAACAGAUAUUAUUUUAAGAUCACAUACGAUGCAAGUAUUUUCGCUAGACAGAAAAAAUAAGACCAUUAAAAUAUAGAUAUCUACAAAAUAGAUACUUACCUGCAGUGAGCAAAUUCGAUAGAUUCAGAUUAAAUUAAAUUGACUUCGAUGUUGGAUUUGAAGAAACAAAAAGAAAAAAAAAGAAUACAAAGGAACGAAAAAGAAAACUAUAGAAUAACAGGAGAGUAUACAAAAAAGAAAUAACAAUGUUUAAAAUCAAUCGAAAUAUUUUUUAAUGGAUAAUAUAUAUAUAUAUAUAUAUAUAUAUAUAUAUAUAUAAAUGUUAAUUCGUUAAGUUGGUAGAUAUCCAAUAACAAGAUUAGAGAUCGAUCGAAAAGAUUAAUCUUUUAUUAACGAAUUCAAAUAUGAAUAAUUUCGAUAUGAAGAAAAACGAGACAAAAAAAAGAAAGAAGAAAUAAGAAAAAAAGAAAAAUCCUCUCAAAAAAGAAAAAAGAAAAUCAAAAAAAAAAAACGAGCGCACAAAUUUGCAAAAUUUCCUCGAAUAGUAAUUAUAGAUAUAUUUAUGUAGAGCUUUAGACGUGUCACGAUUCCUUGAAUUUUAAUGACGGCAUAUUAAUCAUUUUCUUCUUGUUGACUUUAAAACAGCCGGUAGUGCAACCCGAUUACAUUCCUCGCUCGCACAUCCGCAAUAAUGAAGGCUAAUAAUUUAUAUUUUCUCGUUGGUCUAUUAACGUUACGACAAACUAUGGCUGCAUAAGCCAACAUCUCAUAAUUUAGGCGUUCCCAAUUUCUUAACUCGUUAACUUGCUUUCAUCGCACGUGAAAUUUUAUUUUCAAUUAUAUUCUAAAUUCUAAAUUCGGCUUUAACGGGUUGCUUUAUCUAAAUACAUGUAAGUACUUAUUUAUGCGCGUGUUAGAUCGUUUGAUAAAUAUAUCGUACACGUUGAGAAAAGAUCGGUCAAAGGAAACGACAUUAAAUACUUUUUACCUACGUUUCUUUUUUUCUUUUUUUUUUUUUUUUACUUUUUCGUUCUUCCUAAAAUCCCGAGAUCGCGCAAAUAGGCAAACAGCUAGCUAGGUAGAUAAUUUAAGUUUCCUUUGAACGAUUUCGAAAUAAUUUGGUAUCUUUGAAAUCUCUCGAAGACGUCGCGAUCGUAAUCUCUAUGACUAGGAAACUUUACGAUUGCUUUAUUAUGCUUUUUACGACUAUCAAGUAUGAUUACAUGGACGAACGUCAUUGAGGUAACAACAAGAUACUGUGAAAAUUAAUACUAAAGGAAGUUAUAUAGUGACUAGAAAACAUGUAAGAGAGAGAGAGAGAGAAAGAGACAUGGAAAAAAAAUUAACGAGCAUUUUGGCGCCUAUCGGUCGGGUACAAUGUUAUUUCAUCUCCUCUCUCUCUCUCUCUCUCUCUCUCUCUCUCUCUCUCUCUCUCUCUCUUUCUCUCUUUCUCUCUCUCUUUCUCUCUUAUACACGCACAUUCUCUUAGAAGCUUCUAUAAAGAUGACAGAGUUAUAUCAACUGUCCAUGAUGAAGAUUUUCUCUCUUACUUUUUCGUCAGUUAUCCAAGUAUAUAUAUACAUAUACCUACUUAGAUACAUUCCAUCUUGAAUAAUUAUCUACUUACUUAUCUAUCUACUUUUGAUAGAAUAAAUUUUCUUUGUUAUCGAAAUUGAAGAUUAUCUGAAAUAUGAGUAAAACGUUUAGAACGAAUGGUAAAGAUAAAGGAAUAGGUAUAUUAUAUACAUAUGUACAUCUUACCUAUCUAUAUCGUCACACCUUAAUUUAAGUUUUCGAUCAUCGAUCCAACAAACAAGGAACGUUGUUGCUCGACGCUCUUUCGAAAUUCUCCGAGCCGUCUAUAUGCGAAUAUACAUCUUUCGUUAGGGAGUCGGUUAUUUUAAACCGGCAAAAGUAAACCUUGGACCGCGUUUGAGUCCGCUUAACGAAGAUACGCUACGUUCAAACACUGGCACCAUCUUUAUUGCGGCAAUGAAUCUUGGUGGCGAGAAAAAAAAAAGAAAAGAAAAGAAUUUUUUUUUUAUAAUAACGAUAAUUACAAUGCAAACUAUAAAAGAAAUAAUGAGUCGUAUAGGAGGGACGACGAUUUUCUUAUAAUAGAAAUUAAUAAAAAAAUAAUUGAAAAGAAUAUAAUUUCUUGAGAAAAAAAAGAAAGGAGAGAGAGAGAGAGAGAGAGAGAGAGAGAGAGAGAGAGAGAGAGAAAUUAAAUAAAGAAAAUUCAAUUACGUAUUAGGAAGGACCGAUUUUUUCGUAAACGAUUUUUCAAAGUUUUCCAUUUGGUUUGAAGAUCUAUAGAUCCUAAGAUUGCAUCCGGCCGAAAGUACAAGACAGAGCCGCGAAACGGCUUUGAUGGCUCUAGUUAUCAACGGUCCAUAAAUCAAGAGAAACUGUGCGUGUGUGUGUGUCUUUCUCUGGUGUGUGUCUCUCUGUAUGUUUGUGUGUGUGUGUGCACUCACGUACGCGUGCUUAAGUACUUACGUACGUACUCGAUGACUACUUUGGUCUCAUAGAAUCUUCGACGACAUCUUUGUUCGAUAGAACUUCACGAGAUUUUAGAAAUCAUCUAAUGUACCUGAUAUACUCUAUAUAUCCAGUUAAAUUAUAACUAACGACAAUCCAUUAUUAAUUUCGAUCGAUGACAAUUCUCACUCUAAUUCGUAUGGUUACUCAAUUAAAUCGGCAAACGUUUGUCAAUGUUCCAUAGAAAUCAUUUUCUUCUCUCGUGUUAAUAGAACAUCGUUGAACGACGAGAAGGACUCGCGUAUCUUCACUUUUUCCCUUUUUCCGCGACACCCGAGUCACUCCUCGACCAUAAAUCUCUUUGAAUUCAAUUAGUCGAGACAUCCAACGUUUGGUGUCUCAACAUUUUGCUGUUUCGUAGAACACAUACGUCCAAUAACGUUCACAUACAUACAUACACACAUACAUACAUAUAUAUAUAUAUAUAUAUAUAUAUAUAUAUAUAUAUUCCACGUUUGGCGUUUCACUGUUAAAUAAUAAAACAAAAAUCCUUCUUUUAGAUUUAUACUCCUAAGAGAGAGAGAAGGAGAAAGAGACAGAGACAGAAACAGAGAUAGAAACAGAGAGUGAAAGAGAUAGAUAAAUAGAUUCUUUCUUCGUGAUUUAAAUCAUUCUCUUAGUCUUAUGCUCUGUGUUUUAUUUCUCUACUAUUUUCAAUGGGACAGUUUCAUGGACAGUUUACAAUUCGUUUGUAAUUCGUAAAAAAAAAAAAGAAGAAGAAAAAUGAUAUCUUAUAACUCGUAUGUCACUUUGAUUGUCUCUAUGGUAGCGUUAAAAAAAAAAGGAAAAAGAAAUGAAACAAAAUUCAUUCAUUUAAAUUUAUCGUCAUAUAUAUAUAUAUAUAUAUAUAUAUAUAUAUAUAUAUAUAUAUAUAUACAUAUGUGUGGAAGAGAAAAAGAGAAAAAGAUGGAUUUAACGAUUCUUUGUGAUUUAAAUCCGUGAUGUCUUCAUUUUCAUCCUCGGUCUUUCAUUCUUUAUUAUUUCCAAUUAUCUAAUUCGGUUUUAAUUAAAAAAUAAAACAAGAAACAAGAAAAUCUCUUAACUUACGCGCCACGUCGAUUAUCUUUAUUACGACUUAAUGUUUUUAAAGAAAAAAAAAAAAAAAGGAAAAAAAAGGAAAAAGAGAACGAAGUAAAACGAAAGUCGUUGUUUCGGAUUUAUUCUCGUAAAAAAAAAAAAGUAAAAAGAAAGAAACGAAAAAUAAAAAGCAAAAAAAAAUAAAAAAUAAAAAAAUAUUAAAAAAAAGAAAAGAAGAAAAGAGAGAGAUGGUUAACACGAAUCUUUGUGGUCUAGGCACAGAUUCUCUUUCAUUCUAUCAUUUUCGAUUAAUAAUGUGAUUCGUAAAACAAAAAGAAAAAAAAAAAAGAAGAA